AUGACUACACCACAAGAUAUCGUUGGGGCAAGCGGCCUUUCAAGAAUGGUCUCCAACAGCAUGAACCUGAGCGGCUCCCCUACAUUAAGUUUCCAUUCUCCACCCUCGAGCUAUGGAGGUUCGAUGUCGAGAGCAAAUGCACAAGCUCAGGCAAAGCAAUUGAAGCCAUUUGAUAAAGAAAACAUUAAGAUUUUGCUCUUGGAAAAUGUCAAUCAAAGUGGAAAGGAUAUUCUUACCGGACAAGGAUACCAAGUUGAAUCACUGAAGAGUUCUUUGCCAGAGGCCGAAUUGAUCGAAAAGAUUCGAGAUGUCCACGUCAUUGGAAUCAGAUCGAAAACCAAGCUCAGCGAGAAAGUCCUUCGUGAAGCCAAGAACCUGAUUGUGGUGGGAUGUUUCUGUAUUGGCACAAACCAAGUCGACCUUGACUACGCUGCCGCACAUGGAAUCGCAGUCUUUAACUCUCCCUUCGCCAACUCUAGAAGUGUAGCAGAAUUGGUCAUUGCGGAAAUCAUUGUCCUUGCCCGUCAACUCGGCGACCGAUCGAAUGAAUUACACAAUGGAGUUUGGAACAAAGUUAGCAACAAAUGCUGGGAAAUUCGUGGAAAGACUCUUGGUAUAAUUGGUUAUGGCCACAUUGGAUCGCAACUAUCUGUUCUUGCCGAAGCUAUGGGCAUGUCAGUGAUCUACUACGAUGUUGUCAACCUCAUGGCUUUGGGUACCGCCAGACAGGUUCCUACUCUAAAUGAAUUACUCAAUACCGCGGACUUCAUCACAUGCCACGUUCCAGAGCUUCCAGAGACUAAGAAUCUUAUUGGAAAACCACAAUUCGAUCAAAUGAAGGAGGGAAGCUAUCUUAUCAAUGCAUCCCGUGGCAGUGUGAUUGAUAUUCCAGCUCUCAUUGAAGCCUCGAGAAGUGGAAAGAUUGCCGGUGCAGCUUUGGAUGUAUAUCCAAGUGAGCCAGGUGGAAAUGGACCUUACUUUACAAACGAGUUAAACACUUGGGCAGAGGAUCUCCGUAAUCUCAAAAACAUCAUUCUCAGCCCUCACAUUGGUGGCAGUACCGAGGAGGCCCAACGUGCUAUUGGUGUUGAAGUUGGUGACGCUCUUGUGAGAUACGUGAACUUGGGUGUUACCCUUGGAGCUGUGAACUUACCAGAGGUCAACCUUCGUUCGCUUACAUUGGACGAGUCCAACCAUGCGAGAGUCAUCUACAUCCAUCACAACAUUCCUGGUGUUUUGAGAAAGGUUAACGAAAUUCUCGGCGACCACAAUGUAGACAAGCAAAUUACUGAUAACAAGGGCGAUGUUGCCUACCUUAUGGCUGAUAUCAGCAACGUACAAACUAGCGAUCUCAAGGAGAUUGUUGAGAGCUUAGAAGGUUUGAGCUCACGUAUCCUCACCCGUGUGCUUUAUUGAACAAUGAAGAAAUAGAAUUGGAUGUACAAAUUUGCAUUGGGAGUUUUGAGUUAAAAGGACAUUCAACAGGAGUGGCGGCGCUUGGUCUUGGGAUUGCAUCUAAACAAUCCCUUCAACAUAGGCAGGGCGGGAGACGCAUAAAAG